AUGCUCUCGCGUGUUGCUGCAGUGAAGGCACCCCGCACACACAACCGUCGCCGCGUGACCGGAUCCAGCGGAAGGAGGAGGGAAGGAAGAGAGAGUGAGCCGCGGAGGCCCAACAUGUCCCGGCGUGUGUUUACUUCCGCGGUGCUGCUCCUCCUCGUCGUUAUGAUGUGUUACGACACCGGGGCUGAAGCCAAUAAUAAUGGAGCGGGACCGUGUCAAGGAUCUUCACCGGGGAAACAUUUUGCUUGGAGAGACAAGAAAGGAGAAGAAACAGUGGAUUCGCUCCAUGCUCCCAGUCUUGUUGAGGUGAAUGGUGGCGUGUUUGCCGUUGCCGAAGCACAGUGCACGAAGAAAGAAGGAUGCGUUUUCACUGGGUUUGCCUCGGAACUCCUGGAGUUUAAUGGUGAAACGCUAAAAGAGGAGUUGCAUGAGAGCAAACUGAAGACACAAGUACUGGAUGAAUGCUCUGCUUCGGAAGAAAGGCAAUGCCCCUCACAAGCAGUGAAACCGGACAGUUCCCAAAGAGUGAUGAACUUACGUGUCGGCCGGCCAACAACACUUGUGAAAGGAAGUGAUAUUUACAUGCUUUUUGGAAACUACAGUCGGACAGCUGCCACUAAUCCUGAGAAGAGUGUAGGAGAUGAAUGGGGACUUUUGCUGGCGAGAGGAAACGUCAGUGGUGAAGAAAGCGGCAAAAGAGUAAACUGGAAUGAUACCUACCGUUUUCUCUGGACUGAUUUGAAAAAACAACAGCAGUCCUUGACAGGACUGAUUGGCGGCGGCGGAUCGGGUCUUAAGAUGAAGGACGGUCCGUUUCUGUUCCCAGUGGAAGGAACGAAAAAAGAGAAUGGGAAGACCGUUUCACUGAUUAUAUACUUUUCGGCCAAUGAUGGUUGGGUGCUGUCGAAGGGGAUGUCUGCCGAUGGCUGCAGUGAUCCCUCCGUCGUGGAGUGGAGGGAGGGAAAACUCAUGAUGAUGACAGCGUGUGAUGAUGGCCGCCGCAGGGUGUACGAGUCCGAUGACAAGGGGGAAUCGUGGACGGAGGCACUCGGGACAAUCUCGCGCGUGUGGGGCAGCAAAAAGGGUAAAGACGUGAAGAUAGUUAGAAGCGGUUUCAUCACAGCGACUCUUGGCGACGGUGUUGAGGACAGAGACGUGAUGCUUGUUACUCUGCCGGUGUAUGCCAAGAAUGCUGAGAAAGGACAAGUUAAUGAAAAGGGCGUACUCCAUCUUUGGCUGACGGACAAUACGCACAUUGUUGAUAUUGGGCCGGUAUCCAGUGAUGAUGACGCUGCCGCCAGCUCCCUGCUGUACAAAAGUGGUGCAAUUAAAACUGAUAAUAAUAAGGAGAAGUUGAUUGCACUGUACGAGAAGAAGAAGGGCGAUGGGGACACGCCAUCACUCGGUAUGGUCUCUGUGCUUCUGACUGAGCAGCUGCAGCGGGUGAAGGAGGUGCUGGCGACCUGGAAGAAAGUGGACGAACGUGUCUCCAAGCUGUGCCUCUCUGAGAGGGACCCUCCAACUGAAAAUGACUGCAGCGCUGGUAAGAUCACGGAUGGGCUGGUUGGCUUUUUGUCCGGCAAUUUCUCUAAUGACACAUGGAAGGACGAGUACCUCGGGGUGAACGCCACAGUAAAUAAGAAUAUUGGGGCGGAACCGGCGGAUAAUGGAGUGAAGUUCACGGGACGUGGUGCAGGAGCGGAGUGGCCUGUUGGCAGGCAAGAGGAGAAUCAGCUGUACCACUUUGCGAACCACAACUUCACUCUUUUGGCGACGGUGUCCAUCCACGGUGUGCCGAGGGGAGAUACCCCCAUUCCAUUGAUGGGUGCGAAGAUGGAUGACAAUGAGAAGAAUGUACUCCUGGGAAUGUCGUACGACAAAGAAGGGAAGCGGGCAGUGCUGCGCAGUGGCAAAACGACCACGGAGCACAGCAGGACUUGGGAGCCGCAGAAACAAUACCAAGUGGCCAUUGUGCUACAGAACGGCAACCAGGGCUCCGCGUACGUCGAUGGUCAGCGUGUGGGAGAUGCACACUUAGACUUGAAGGAUAUUAAAGGGUCUAAAGAGAUCUCACACUUCUACAUUGGAGGGGAUGGAGGCAGCGCAGAGGGCCAAGAGGGCGUGUCUGUAACGGUGACGAACGUCCUGCUGUACAAUCGCCCGUUGACUUCCCAAGAGAUUGACGCCCUCAACCCGAAUAAAGCCUUCAUUUCACCUCCUGAAGAUCUUACCGCAGCGGUGGUGGUGGAUACUCCUUCGACAGCGGUGGGCGGACCAGUUGCACAGAAAACCGUGUCCGUGUCCACUCCUGGCGGAUCCACGGUGAAUCAUGAGUCGAGCGCGAGAUCUGGAGAGGAUGAGGGGACGGUGGGAGGAACGGAUGCGCAGAAGGAAGGGGUCCAUCCAGAGGCCGGGGAAGUAAAUGCUACGGCACUCAGCAGCAGCCUCGGAAAUUUGUCGCAGGAGAAUAACAGCGAUGGCGGCACCAUGCGUGGGAGCGGACUGCUGCCAUCGCUGCUUCUUCUGUUGGGACUGUGGGGGUUUGCGGCUCUGUGA